AUGUCAAACGCAGAGCCACCAAAAGUAGUUCUGGCUGCUAACAGAGUACUCACCGACAAAUUACCUAUACCUACAGCAGCCUAUCUGAUUUUUAGUCGUAGUUUACAGUUUCUUGAACUGUUCGGAAUUGUUAUCGGUGUCAGGAUAAGCUUCGAUUGGAAGAAUAACACACGCUUCAAGUUUACAAAAUUUAUUACUGCAUUCUGUUGGUCGCAGUUUUUCUACACGAAAAUUGUGUACGUUCAUCAGGGCAGUGCAAUGAAAACUUUCGAAGUUUUUGCCGUCUAUGGAAUAGCAAUAUCGGCGGUGUUGAAAAUUUGGUGCUUCGAAAAAUAUCACAAAAAUAUUCGAGCACUUUUCGUAUCCAGUCUAAAAAUUUGUCAGCAAAACACUGGCUCACGUGCCGAUCGACUAAAUCAUCGUUCGAAUUCGAAUUUUACAUUUCUCAAAUUUAUCGCAUCCGUUGCAGUAUUUAUUGCAAUACUCUACAUGUUUUAUCCGGUAAAAAGUUUUCUCAUCGACGGUGAACUGGUGCCCUUCGUUCCAAUCGAAAUAAUGUUGGUCGAUCAGUCGGUCUUGUGGGGCUACAUUGUUGUAAGUUGUAUCAUGAUAACGUUGGGAGUGUACGCAAUUUUAGGCACUGAAUAUAUGGGACUGGCCUUCGUUUUUCUGAUCAUAAACUAUUCACCUCGUGUUGAUUUGUUGGAAAUUGAUAUUGAAGAAUUGAAUGACCUGUGGAGUGAUACGUCCACAUCAACAUUGGCUCAUCGACAUUUGUUUUUGAGAAACAUUUGCAGGAAAUGCAUUGACAUUAGAGAAUACAUCGCCGAAAUCAAGAACAUUUUCGACGAUAAAAUGUACAUUUUCUUCGUCUUUGCCUAUUUGUCGCAAAUAUUGUGCAUGUACCAAGUUCGUGUUAACAAUUGGAUACCUGGUUACGCUCUGGCAAUUGGGUUUUUCAUCGAGAUGAUUUUUUAUUGUUUGAUGGGUACGAAAGUUACAAUGGAGAAUGAACGGACCUGCCAUAUAAUUGCCCAAUCCAAAUGGUACACGUACGAUUUGAAGUCACAAAAGAUGAUGACAAUGUUGCUGAACUCGGUCAUGAAUAGCGACGAACUAUGGAUAGGACCAAUAGCGCCAUUGAGCGUUUAUACGGCAACAGAGAUCGUCAAGAGUAUUUACACGUACUACACGGUGAUGACGGAGGUUAUGUAGUCCACUGUG